UCCCAGCUGCUGUAUAAAUAGAGGUGCCGAGCAGCAGAGAGCUCCUGGCAGCCACCAUGGAGGGACUGAGGCUGCUGUGCUGCUGUGUGGCGUCUCUCCUGCUCCUCGGGGCUGCAGAAGAGACAGAAGAUGUUGGAGAGACUGCCAAGAGGGACCGUUCCCAUAUAGAGAGCACCCUUAAACUGAGUGAGGCUAAACCUGCAGAUGACUACUCAGCAACACUGCAGCGGUUGAGGAAGAUCUACCACUCCUCCAUCAAACCCCUGGAGCAGUCCUACAGAUACAACGAGCUCAGGCAGCAUGAGAUCACAGCUUACCACGGACGUACCCUGGGCUCCUCAGCCACAGAUGGGGAGAUUACGUCCAAGCCAAUGGUGCUGUUCUUGGGACCGUGGAGCGUUGGCAAAUCCACCAUGAUAAACUACCUCCUAGGGCUGGACGACACGCCCUACCAGCUGUACACAGGGGCUGAACCCACCACCUCUGAGUUCACAGUCAUCAUGCACGGCCCAAAGCUGAAGACCAUCGAGGGCAUUGUGAUGGCUGCUGACAGUGCACGCUCCUUCUCUCCCCUCGAAAAGUUUGGGCAGAACUUCUUGGAGAAGCUGAUCGGGAUAGAGGUGCCUCAUAAGCUUUUAGAGCGGGUCACCUUUGUAGACACACCGGGCAUCAUUGAAAACCGCAAGCAACAGGAACGAGGUUACCCAUUCAAUGACGUGUGCCAGUGGUUCAUCGACAGAGCCGACCUCAUCUUUGUCGUCUUUGACCCUACAAAGCUGGAUGUGGGUCUGGAGCUGGAGAUGCUGUUUCGUCAGCUGAAGGGCCGGGAGUCUCAGAUAAGAAUAAUCUUGAACAAAGCGGACAGUCUCGCCACCCAGGAGCUUAUGAGAGUCUAUGGCGCCUUGUUCUGGAGCUUGGCUCCUCUGAUCAAUGUCACUGAACCUCCCAGGGUCUAUGUCAGUUCCUUCUGGCCCCCGGAAUAUCACCCUGAAACCCACAAGGAUCUGUUCCUUAAAGAAGAGAUCUCGCUCUUAGAAGACCUUAACCAGGUGAUUGAAAACAGGCUGGAGAAUAAGAUUGCCUUCAUCCGCCAACAUGCCAUCCGGGUUCGCAUCCAUGCCCUCCUGGUUGACCGCUAUUUGCAAACCUACAAGGACAAAAUGACCUUCUUCAGUGAUGGGGAGCUGGUAUUCAAGGACAUUGUGGAAGACCCUGACAAGUUCUACAUCUUCAAGUCUAUCCUGGCAAAGACCAAUGUCAGCAAGUUUGAUCUCCCCAACCGUGAGGCUUAUAAGGACUUCUUCGGCAUCAAUCCCAUCAGCAGCUUCAAGCUGCUAGCUCAGCAGUGUUCCUACAUGGGAGGAUGUUACCUGGAGAAGAUCGAAAGGGCCAUUACUCAUGAGCUUCCUGAUCUCUUGGGGAGUAUUGGCUUGGGGAAGAAGCCCAGUAUUCUCUCCUGUGACACGACUGGCUGUGGUGAAACCCCAAGGAACCGCUAUAGGAAACCAUAACAUGCUAUGUACUAACAUAACCAUUCAUGUUUUCCUGUUGGUGAAUGAGCUUAUGUCUUAUCUGUCCAAGAAGCCAUGGUUUAUUAACCCUUUGAGUGCCACACUGGCAAGAGCUACGGUACAACGAGGACUGUGAGUCAUUGACAUUAAUGGCAGAGGAAGCGGGGUGGGCAUAGAAAAGAGAAUAAAGAACUGUGAAUUCCUGACAUUAUCUUUGUUAUUUUAAAUAGAAAGCAAUGUUUAAGCUGUAAGUAAAAGCAACAAAUGGUGAACUAAAGCUUUAGCUGCUUUUUCACUGGUACUGAAGUUCAUGAGUGUGGAACAAGAAGUUCAACCUUUGCAUACACUAAGCAGACAGGGAGUAGGAAACGCAGACUCUGGAAUGAUAACCUGGAGGAAGGCUCCGACAUCUUGACCUGGAGAGGGUCACCGCUGGGGAGAGAGAGAUCCAGCAGAGUAAAUGUCAGCUUUUGGUGGCUGUAUAUAGGCAUGAGGACCACAGAAAUGCCUAUACAUAAAUAAUAAUCUGUUUUUUUUUCUUUCCAAGACUUGUAGGCCAUCAGGUUCAGUUCUUUGUGAGCUCCGUUUGGAUGACAGUUGAGCUAUAACUCAGAAUCUUUAGCAUUCACCCAGGUAUUAGCCCUCUCCUAUCCCCAGGGGUAGGGAAAGAAAGACCCCAUGUCUGUGUUUAGACUGGAUUCGGUCCAAUCUCUGGAAACAUAUGGCAUUGUUAGCACCAAAUGCAUGUCCCAGGUGGGAUUUGGAAGUCUGGCUCAGAAGGAGAAAUGACUGGAGCUGAAAGAGCAAUGGCACUUGAGUUACAUUUGAAAGACAGUGGCUGUAACUCAAGAAAGUUCAGAAGAAAGCCUUUGAAAGCACCGGUCUGUCCCUGUGCCUGAGAAGAGGCAGGGAGCUUAGUGUAUGCAUUUGCCGUUAGCGUCAUGCAGUUGUUAGCAAGUCAAGCACAAACCUUGGUAGGGCUCAGAGGGUUAAUCGAUUUGCAUUUUGACCUUGUUUAUGCCAGUGUUGCAUGUUUUCUCCAAGUCAGAUCCCUGUGUUGUUGUUCGGUUUGGAGGAAGACAGGAACACCCUCCGUUUCACAGCUGUUGCCUGUUUUCUCUUCCAAACUUUUUGCUGUAGGUUAGGCAGUCGAAGGUGUCUGGGCCCUAUCUUAUUUGGGCUGAACCAAGCAGUCAUAUUUAUUUGUUGGCGUUGCCAUGUUGUUCACCUGCCCCAACACACCAACACCCAAAAUUGUGAGUUGCAGGAAAUGAUGCCAUCAGAACCAGUUCUAGCCUCUCUGUGGACAUAGUUCAUUGUAGAUGGCAACUAAGGCACAGGGGAAGAAUGGGAGCCCUCUUCACCAAGCAGGUGUUGUUUGGUUGCAAUGACCCAGCAUGGCUGGUGGUUGAGCUAAGCACUAACUGAAGAAGAAGGUGGAUGUUGCCCUGAAUGGUGAAUGGUGUACGAGACCUGGUAAAUAGCCUUUCCUCACUAUUCUCCCUGUCAAAUGGACCAGAGGCUGGUCUUCAGAGAACCUUCUGAGUGGAAGUACUCACUGUAACAUGCCUAUGGGCCUUAUCUGCUCGGGGUCAAGAAUACAAUGAAAUGCAAAGCAAGGCAAAGAUAGAAAGACAAUAGGAAAUAAGAGAGCCAUAUGUUGGCUUUUUAAAGAAGAAACUUGAGCAGAUAAGAAAGCGGAAGGUGCUGACCAGAGCCUGUUGGGAGCUUGGCAUGGGGUCCGAAAGGCAGCACCUCUGAUUCACAUGUGAGAAUAGAGAUGGAGCUGUCGCUACAGGAGAACCAAACGUAUCUAGCACUGGUCUGGAAUUCAGCUUCCUUGCUGCUGAAACCUUGAGUUUAAAAGAAAUGGUCUUUUAAAGCAAUCCAGGUGAGUUCUAGUGGACAUUGUUUCAUGGGUGCUUGACUUGAUCCAAAUGUGUCACCCUGGAGGACACGUCCGAUGGGUAAUGCGUCCCCAAAGGCUGGGUGCUGGAGAAGAAACAAGUACAUCGACGAGUACUGCAAGAGGGCAGGUUACAUGCUGAGGGAUUUUGUGCACAGCACCGAAAGGAACAGGGGCAGCUAAUGAAGGCAAAAAGAGGCGUCAGAGAAACUGGCAUCCAAAAUAGCACAAAGAAAAGUGACAUGCUGGUGAGUCAAUAUAUAGUGAGGUCUCAGACUGCCUUGGAGCUGCUUCCUCCAUUCACUUCUAUUCUUCUUUUGCUCACUUCCUUUUAUGUUACCCCAUUGCUCCUCCUCAUCCUUCUUUGUCUUGAUCACCCACUCUUUCUCACGUCUCAUUGUUCUCCAUUAAGCUUACCGGCUGCUCCUGUCACUUGGCCUAGUUUGCAUGGUUUUCUUAGGAGUGAAUGAAAAAAACUGUCAAAACUGUGCUAAUUUUGCCUCUGCUUCUGCCAUCACAUUAUGUUUUAUUGUCACCAUAAGCAAAUAAGUCUGUUAAACUUUUCUAAUUCUCUGUGCCUUAUUCUUCCUGCUUGUUCUUUGUCUUUUUGUUUCUCUUUGCUGUGCUGUCAUCUUCUUUUUGUCUUCCCCUUUUCUUCAGUCUUUCUCCUGCCUUUUCUUUCCUCCGUUUCUUGCCAUCCUCUUUUCACUAUAC